AGGAGGAGGGCUAUAGAAGGAGGAAUUUACUUCUGUCUGAAGCAGUCUAGGUUUGCAAGAAUUGCAUCCUCUCCGCUGCCAAGCAAUCUUUCAAAAUGCUAUGAUGUCAGCGACUGCUUCAGCAGCUUUACCUGCCCUUGUGAGGAGGGGACAGGUUAUGCUCCACUCCCUUGUUGCGUGAUACUUCAGGGAGGUAACUUCCUGCUUUUGAGUUUAGUAAGGAAGGGAACGUGAGCAGGCAAAAGAAGGAGUCCCGAAAACCUUUAAAGUCUGAUCUUCGGAUUAAGAAAAAAAAAAAAAGGGGGAAUACAUAGAAAAACCGGUUGCAGCGUUGUUAUCUACAUGAGAGGGACCUGCUUUUCGGAAAAGAGAUGUUGGAGGAUUUAGCAGCAAAGCACCGUGAUCACCCAGACUCCUGUAUCAGCCCCCUGCUUGCUCAUGAGCCAGCGCUGGGUCAUGCAGAUCAAAAAACAAGCAGCAGUGGCAGCAGCAAACCGAAUAUGCUGCGAUGCCGCACAUCUAUCGCCACAACAGCUGACGAACAGCCACACAUUGGAAACUACCGGCUCCUCAAAACCAUUGGCAAAGGCAACUUUGCUAAAGUUAAACUUGCACGGCAUGUACUGACUGGCAAAGAGGUUGCUGUAAAAAUUAUAGAUAAAACGCAACUUAACUCAUCUAGUCUACAGAAGCUUUUCAGAGAAGUGAGGAUCAUGAAAGUUUUAAAUCACCCUAACAUAGUUAAGUUAUUUGAGGUUAUUGAAACUGAGAAGACUCUGUAUCUUAUUAUGGAGUAUGCUAGUGGAGGAGAAGUGUUUGAUUACCUUGUUGCACAUGGACGGAUGAAAGAGAAAGAAGCCCGUGCCAAAUUCCGGCAGAUUGUAUCUGCUGUACAGUAUUGCCAUCAAAAGUUAAUUGUGCAUAGAGACUUGAAGGCUGAGAACUUGCUGCUAGACUCAGACAUGAACAUUAAGAUUGCAGACUUUGGCUUCAGCAAUGAAUUCACGUUUGGGAACAAGCUAGACACAUUUUGUGGAAGCCCUCCCUAUGCAGCACCUGAACUUUUUCAGGGCAAGAAGUAUGAUGGUCCUGAGGUUGAUGUAUGGAGUUUGGGUGUUAUUCUCUAUACACUUGUUAGCGGUUCUCUUCCCUUUGAUGGGCAGAACUUGAAGGAGUUGCGUGAGCGAGUAUUACGUGGGAAAUAUCGUAUUCCUUUUUACAUGUCCACGGAUUGUGAAAACCUGCUAAAGAAAUUUCUCAUAUUAAACCCCUCCAAGAGGGGUACACUUGAGCAAAUAAUGAGGGAUCGCUGGAUGAAUGUUGGACAUGAAGAAGAUGAACUGAAGCCCUAUGUGGAGCCUAUUCCAGAUUACAAGGACCCCAAAAGAACAGAGUUAAUGAUAACCAUGGGCUAUUCUCGUGAGGAAAUCUCAGAUUCUCUAGUUAACCAGAAAUACAAUGAGGUCAUGGCUACUUACCUACUGCUGGGUUACAGAACAUCUGAGAUGGAUAAUGACAACUUAACUCUGAAGCCCAGACCCCCACCAGACAUCAGUAAUAGUAUAGUCACGUCACCUGCUCACAAAGUGCAGCGCAGUGUAUCAGCCAAUCCCAAGCAGAGGAGACUCAGUGACCAGGCUGGACCAGCCAUCCCCAACUCCAAUUCCUACUCCAAGAAAACCCAAAGCAACAAUGCUGAAAACAGGCGACCUGAGGAUGAGAAAGAAAGUGGGCGCAAAUCCAGCAGCACUGUCAGAGUUCCACCAAGUCCUCUUUCUGGGCUUGACAGAAAGAAGACAACGCCAACCCCAUCUACGAACAGUGUACUUUCUACUGGCACUAAUCGUAGUCGUAACUCACCAAUGCUGGACAGAGCCUCACUUGUGCCUGGAUCUGUACAGAAUGGUAAAGACAGCUUCUCCACACCUGGGUCCCGUGCUUCCACCGCUUCUGCCCCAGCCACCUCUGCUCGGAUUCGGCAACACCAGAAAUCCAUGUCCACUUCUGUGCACCCUUCCAAACCCGCUCCUUCCUUGGAAGGCAACUGUGACGUUCAAAGGCCAAGCACAGCCCCCCAGAGAGUGCCUGUAGCAUCCCCAUCGGCUCACAACAUAAGUAGCUCCGCAACAGAGCGAACCAACUUCCCUCGUGGUGUUUCCAGCCGCAGCACAUUUCAUGCUGGCCAGGUCCGCCAAGCUCGGGACCAACAGAAUUUGGGAUUUGGAAGUGUUUCUCCUGCUUCUCCUUCUGGCAACAGCCAGGGGAGGCGGGGGGCUACUGGGAGCAUAUUUAGCAAAUUUACAUCCAAAUUUGUGCGCCGAAAUCUGUCUUUCAGAUUUCCAAGAAGGAAUCCAAAUGAACCCGAAGUGAAAGACCGAGUGGAGAGUACAAGGCCUCACCUCUCAGUGGUAGACAAGGAGAAGGAUAAAGAAGACCAUCGGGAUUCCAAGCCACGCUCACUGCGCUUCACCUGGAGCAUGAAAACCACCAGCUCAAUGGAGCCCAACGAGAUGAUGAGAGAGAUUCAAAAAGUCCUGGAUGCAAACAACUGCCAACACGAGUCACAGGAAAAAUAUAUGCUGCUGUGCAUCCAUGGGAGUCCAGGUCACGACAACUACGUGCAGUGGGAAAUGGAGGUGUGCAAGCUUCCACGUCUCUCUCUCAACGGUGUGCGCUUCAAGCGCAUCUCUGGCACCUCCAUGGCGUUUAAGAACAUUGCUUCCAAAAUAGCCAACGAUCUGAAACUUUAACCUGGCUCUUUCUCUGUGAGGGAGAGAAACACAGGACUGCAAAAAGGCACAGCCACCCCCUUCCCCCCCCUGCUCUCUUGUGGCACGAGAUUGUAGGAAAUUGCACCACGUUCUGGAAGUGGCCAAUGCAGCGUAAAGGAGAAUAGCAGGGUGUACGGAUAAACUCCUCCUUUCACCAUAGAAUUUGAGCAUAUUUUAUUUGGAAUAGAUUUAUUAUAAUUGUUUUUCUUUUCAUUUUUUUUUUCCUUCAGAGAUUGGGGGUGGGAUUCGAAUUAUAUUAUAACCAGAGAAGUUGGCGGGGGGGGGGGGGUGAAAAACAAAACUAGGAUGUUUGCCUCCCCCCCCCCCUCCUCAUUCAAAUGUCAGCUGUGUGCUGCUGUUACCUCUGAUACAGAUUUAGGAAUCCGAGGCUGAGAUAAAUUUCUAGGCUUGAGGGAGAGGAUUUCAUGAAGCCUUUUUUUCAGUCCAGUCCAGUUUCACUUGACAUUUUACAGAACUUUAAAGGCAUGUCUUAGACACUGAAAUAAUAGCUCAGGGUGCCCAUAAUACACCGGUACAGAGAGCGAGACGCAUACAGGCAACGUGGGAGAGUGUGUGGGUGACAGGAUUUGUAUGCAGGAGACCUUAUGGGCAACUGAUGUUUUAUAAAUAAAUGAAAAUGCAGGUU